UGCCUUCAAGGCCCGGCAGCCGCAAUCAUGGCCUGUCCUGGGGCCUGGGCGCCGGUGCCGGAGUUACCAGAGAAGAACUGUGGGUACCGCGAGGUCCAGUACUGGGACCAGCGCUACCGGGGCGCUGCCGACUCUGCUCCCUACGAGUGGUUCGGGGACUUCUCUUCCUUCCGUGACCUCCUAGAGCCGGAGCUGAGGCCGGAGGACCGUAUCCUCGUGCUAGGCUGUGGAAACAGUGCCCUGAGCUACGAACUAUUCCUUGGGGGCUUCCCUGAUGUGACCAGUGUGGACUACUCAUCAGUAGUGGUGGCUGCCAUGCGGGCUCGAUAUGCCCACGUGCCCAAGCUGCGCUGGGAGACCAUGGACGUGCGGGCACUGGGCUUCCCCAGUGGCUCCUUUGACGUGGUACUCGAGAAGGGCACGCUGGAUGCCCUGUUGACUGGAGAACAGGAUCCCUGGAAUGUGUCCUCUGAAGGUAUCCAAACUGUGGACCAGGUGCUGAGCGAGAUGGUGGAGUACAAACGCGCCACGCUACGGGAUGAAGACGCACCCGAGACCCCCAUAGAGGGCGGGGCCUCCCCGGACGCCGUGGAGGUGGGAUUCCGGAAGAGGACAAGACACCUCUUGGGCUCGCACACCCAGCUGGAGCUGGUCUUGGCUGGUGUCUCUCUACUGCUGGCUGCACUGCUUCUGGGUUGCUUGGUGGCCCUGUGGGUCCAGUACCACAGAGACCCAUCCCACAGCACUUGCCUCACAGAGGCCUGCAUUCGAGUGGCUGGAAAAAUCUUGGAGUCCCUGGACCGUGGGGUGAGCCCCUGUGAGGACUUUUACCAGUUCUCCUGCGGAGGCUGGAUUCGGAGAAACCCUCUGCCUGAUGGGCGUUCUCGCUGGAACACCUUCAACAGCCUCUGGGACCAGAACCAGGCCAUACUGAAGCACCUGCUCGAAAACACCACCUUCAACUCCAGCAGUGAAGCUGAGCGGAAGACACAGCGCUUCUACCUCUCCUGCCUACAGGUGGAGCGCAUUGAAGAGCUGGGAGCCCAGCCUCUGCGAGACCUCAUUGACAAGAUUGGUGGUUGGAACGUUACGGGGCCCUGGGACCAGAACAACUUCAUGGAGGUGCUGAAGGCAGUAGCAGGGACCUACAGGGCCACCCCCUUCUUCACUGUCUACAUCAGUGCCGACUCUAAGAGUUCCAACAGCAAUGUUAUCCAGGUGGACCAGUCUGGGCUCUUUCUGCCCUCUCGAGAUUACUACCUAAACAGGACUGCCAAUGAGAAAGUGCUUACCGCCUACCUGGACUACAUGGAGGAGCUGGGGAUGCUGCUGGGAGGACCUCCAGCCUCCACGCGGGAGCAGAUGCAGCAGGUGCUGGAGCUGGAGAUACAACUGGCCAACAUCACGGUGCCCCAGGACCAGCGGCGGGAUGAGGAGAAGAUCUACCACAAGAUGAGCAUCGCGGAGCUGCAGGCCCUGGCGCCCUCCAUGGACUGGCUGGAGUUCCUGUCCUUCUUGCUGUCACCGCUGGAGCUGGGUGAUUCGGAGCCUGUGGUGGUGUAUGGGAUGGAUUAUUUGCAGCAGGUGUCAGAGCUCAUCAACCGCACAGAGCCAAGUGUCCUGAACAAUUACCUGAUCUGGAACCUGGUACAGAAGACAACAUCAAGCCUGGACCGCCGCUUUGAGUCUGCACAAGAGAAGCUGCUGGAGACCCUCUAUGGCACCAAGAAGUCCUGCACGCCAAGGUGGCAGACCUGCAUCUCCAACACGGACGACGCCCUUGGCUUCGCUCUGGGCUCCCUCUUUGUGAAGGCCACGUUUGACCGGCAGAGUAAGGAAAUUGCAGAGGGGAUGAUCAGCGAGAUCCGGACUGCCUUCGAGGAGGCCCUGGGACAGUUGGUUUGGAUGGAUGAGAAGACCCGCCAGGCAGCCAAGGAGAAAGCAGAUGCCAUCUAUGAUAUGAUUGGUUUCCCAGACUUCAUCCUGGAGCCCAAAGAGCUGGAUGAUGUUUAUGAUGGGUAUGAAGUGUCUGAAGAUUCCUUCUUCCAGAACAUGUUGAAUUUGUACAACUUCUCUGCUAAGGUGAUGGCUGACCAGCUCCGCAAGCCUCCCAGCCGGGACCAGUGGAGCAUGACCCCCCAGACAGUGAAUGCCUACUACCUUCCAACCAAGAAUGAAAUCGUCUUCCCCGCCGGCAUCCUGCAGGCCCCCUUCUACGCCCGCAACCACCCCAAGGCCCUGAACUUUGGUGGCAUCGGCGUGGUGAUGGGCCACGAGUUGACACAUGCCUUUGAUGACCAAGGGCGCGAGUAUGACAAGGAAGGGAACCUGCGGCCAUGGUGGCAGAAUGAGUCGCUGGCAGCCUUCCGGAAUCACACGGCCUGCAUGGAGGAGCAGUAUAGCCAGUACCAGGUCAACGGGGAGAAGCUCAAUGGCCGGCAGACGCUGGGGGAGAACAUCGCUGACAACGGAGGGCUUAAGGCUGCCUACAACGCUUACCAAGCAUGGCUAAGAAAGCAUGGAAAGGAGCAGCAGCUACCAGCCGUGGGGCUCACCAACCACCAGCUCUUCUUUGUGGGAUUUGCCCAGGUGUGGUGCUCGGUCCGCACACCCGAGAGCUCUCACGAGGGGCUGGUGACGGACCCCCACAGCCCUGCCCGCUUCCGCGUGCUGGGCACGCUCGCCAACUCCCGUGACUUCCUGCGGCACUUCGGCUGCCCUGUCGGCUCCCCCAUGAACUCAGGGCUGCUUUGUGAGGUGUGGUAGACCUGGGUCGGGGAGAAAUGGCCAGCUGUUGCCAGGGCCUGGGGCAGCUUGUCCAGCGAGGCUGUCUGCUCUGCGGUUUGGAGAAGGCAAAUGCCAGCUGGGCUGGGUCCGGCCCCUCCACACCACAGAUGACGUGAGUCCUAGUCCCUCCUCGACCACCACAUCGUGCCUCUGCUUUGGGGGUGUCCCUGCCUCCAGCAGAGCCCCCACCAUUCACUGUGACAUUCUUCCGCGUCACCCUGCCUGGAGGAGGCCUGGGCAGGGGGCACCAGCUCCCACAGAAAGUAGUCCACCUCUUCUGGUCCCAAGCUCCCUGGGCUUGGUGGCCACGGGGCCUGCUGUGACUGCCACACGCUGACCACGCAGGGCCCGGCUGGUGUGCCUCCCACACUUCUCCCCAAGGCUCCCUCGGUGCUCCCUCGGGAGUAGACAGAGCUCCUUUCAGCCCCACCCUCAGGUGGCCCCCACCCCGUGUUCCUCCUGCCGCUGCUCCUAAUACUGCUGCCAGCCCUCGCUGACAGACACCUGUGCUCAGUUCUUAGUGGAAGCCUUUACGAACCUUCCUGCUGCCUCCCAGGUUCCCUGGGCUCAGAGGGGAAGAGUGUACAUGUGGGGAAUGCUGGUCCCUGUGUCUCGGCAUACAAGUCUUAGGGGAUGACUGAUUCUCCCUGGACCAAGCAGGAAAGCGGACAGAGCAGGGAGAGGGAAGGAUAGAGUUUAUUUUUACAGGAAAGAGGGUGGGGAAGGAGUGGUCUUGCCCCUGUAGGACCCUGUGCCAAUAAACAGACACGCAUCAGUCAGCCUGUCUCUUCCUUCAGUCCUGUUUUCAUUUACUCAUUCCACCAGUAUUUAUUGAGUACCUGCUGUAUGCCAGGUACUCUUAUAGGCACUCAUUUACUCACUCACCAGACACAGGGGACUGAAAUUUGACGUCCCAAGAAGACAAAGAAAGAGGCAGGAUGGAGGAAUGGCACGAAAUUGAGUCUGGCAAGUGGAGUACAUCCUCCGCUCACUGGUGGCCGUGUUCCAUCACUGGCUGUUCUAUAGCUGGAAGCGUUUGCCACGGCCCUCCACUGGUGCAUGCAGCUGGGUCUGGUACUGAGUCUGGGUAACUACUUGGCCAGGGUCGGCUUGGAAGAUGGGUGGCCCUUACCCUGCAGUGGAGGGCAGCCCUGGCCAAGGUAGCAUUUCACUCCCUGGAGCUUGGAGCACCAGCCUCUGCUUGUGGCUGAGAAGACAUGCGUUUC